AUGGACGCCCAAGCGCCAACACCGCCUGCGCCGCCGCCGACAAUACCGCCCCCACCAAAGCCACCGCCAUCUGCACCGCCACCGCCUGCUCCGCUGACGCCGCAGUCUGCACCGCCGCUGUUACCGCUGCCGCCGCAGACUCUGCCCCCGCCGCUUCGCCGCCGCGGCCACUUGAAUCUAGACGCCGCUUGUGCAGCCCAGGCCGCUUGCGCCGCCGACGCCGUCCCCGCUUGUCUGGCGACGUCGCCACCUGUGCCGCCGCCUCUUCUCCGGCUAACGCCCUCUGCACCGCCUCAGACGCCGCUUAAGCCGCCCGCGGAGGCCCCGGCUGCGCGGUCGCCGCUACAGAGGCCGUUGGCGCCGGCGGCGCAGACAGUGGCGGCGGCGGAAGCGGCGGCGGCGGAAGCGGCUGCGUCAGAGGCGCAAGCGGCCCUGAGGCAUGCCUUCAGCUGCACAAGCGGCUUCGGCGUCGAAGGCGUCCGGGGCUCAAGCGGUGGCGGCAGCGGCAUAAGCGGCGGCGACGGCGGGGAUAGCAGGGGAAGCGGCUUCAGCGGCUGCACAAGCGGCGUUGGUGACGGCGCAGAGGAUGUCAGCGGUGGGACAGGCAACAUCGCUGAGGACAGCGUCAAGGGUGCAAGCGGCCUCGGCACAGACAAGGGCGGCGGUGCAGACAGCGGCGGCUUCAGCGUCGUCGGUAGCAGCGACGGUGCAGACAGCGGAUUCGGCAUCGCAAGCGGCGGUGCAGAUGGAGGUGGCUUCGACGGAACAAGGGGCAUCAGCGGCGGCGCAGGCAGUGUUGGCUGCGGAAGGGGCGGCCACACAGAGGAUGGCGUCGGCGGUGCAAGCGGCAUUGGCACAGACAGCUGGUCUGCUCAAGCGGCAACCGCUUGGGCGUUCAAGGCUCCAGCGGCGGCGGUGUCUGUGGCGGUAGCAGCGGUGGAGCAAACAGCGGCGUCUGCGCAGACUGCGUUGGCUGCACAAGCGGUGUUGGCAACUCAAGGGGCGGCUGGGGCGCAGAUUGCAGCAAGGCGGAUGGCGGCGGCGAAUUGGCGGCGGGGGCUGCGCAAGCGGGGGCAGCGGGAGCCCGAGGGCCGGCAACUGAGGAAAGGCAGAGAAGGCCAGAAAGACCAGGAAACCUGCUGCAGACAAAGGCUUUUGGGGUUAGAGCAUCUGCACCUUCUGAAGCUGUACUGAAGCCUUCAUAGGCAGCCUCUGCCAUGUUGGGGAAGGCACCUCCACCAGUUAUGGACACGGGCAUGAACACUCCCGGCCCACUGAAGGAAAUGAGCACCGGGCCAAACAGCAGAUAAAGCCUCGACAAUAUGAAGUUACUUUAGACAAAAUCAAGAUGAAGAUUAAUGAUCUUAAAAACGAAAACAGGGAUCUUGAAAAAAACAUAGCGAGUUGGGAGGAGAAGGCCAGGGAAGCAAAGAAGCAAGCAGAAACAAAGACAGACCAUAAGCGUUCCCUUGCUGGAGUACAUAUAUUAAAAGUAAGACUCCUUUCUUUGCCUGACUUGUG